AGGAACUGUUGACUAUCACAAGAUUUUAUUGUCCUAUAUCCUAAAUUAAUUCAGCCAUGUGAGGCUUUGUAUUAUUAUUAUUUUAGAAUGUGUUAGAUGUAUUAUAAUUACUUUUGGCUAACAGUACAAGGGGCUUCUUUUAUUCUCCUAACCAGUAUACUUACAUUGUUGAGGCCUUUGUGAUGUCCUUAGUCUUUUCUGUCUGAAUUCACUUGGAACAAAAUGUGCCCAGUAAUCAGUAAAACAAAUGUAUAUGGUGAAGAGUUAGGUGGUGGUGAUGGUGAUGUGGGGGGAUGAUCCUCAUUUAAAUUAUAUGUGUAUGGGUGAAAGCUUGGAAGGAAAAGGAUUAUUUUAAUGCUCUUCAAUACUUUAAUUAUAUGACAGUUGUAGUGUAGAAAUGCAAAAGUACUCUUAGGUUUUCCUUCAGGUUUUCAAAAGAACUUUCCCCAUUAGUAAACUACUCCUGCAAAUUGCUACUGCAUUUCCCAGCUAACCAUUUAAAAGACUGUAAAUGCCUUGUGCAUUACUUCGCUCCAGAGGAAAGAGGUCAGACUGAAUUGCAAUGGUAUUUAAACAUAAAAUACAGUGAAAAUAAAUCAAAAUAGAACAUCCGAAGGUAAAUUUACCACAUUCACACAGGGUAAGUAAAGACAAAUAUGUACAUAUCUUCAUAACCCAUCACUUUAAAAACUGAAAGUACUGUUUUUUUUUUUUUUACAACAAAUGCAGAAGUAAGAGGACAUUAAGAAUAUACUUCUAUCUGUAUUUGCCACAGAGGAUUUUCCUUUAGCCAGCAGCUUUGUUUCCAAAGCUAAAAUACUUUUUAUGAUAGUGAGUAGAUUGUGCAUUCCUCACUGAGAAAAUAAUUACAUGUAAUUAACAAACUCCAUGCUUAUCAUAUAUAUUCCUAAAUUCUCAAUAAGGUAAUUCUCUGUACUCUUAGAGAUGGAUACACACAUAAAUGUUAAUUUGGGCAUAUCUGCCCACAUAUGUAUAUGCAUUUGAGAAACAGAAGUUGAUAUAUCUUUUCUUAAAAAAGAAUUUGAAUACAGUCCAUCAUCUGAAUUGGGUUCAUCUUUGAUUGUUGAGGCGGCUGACAUGGUCAACAAAUUUAUCAAAGAAACCCCCUGGCUUUUGAAGAAUAGUACUUUAUACAUCUGGAUCUGCACAUCCAGGCAAAGCUCAGAAAUAUCCGUUUAUUCUUUUAACCACACGGAUGUGUCUAUUUUUGGAGGAACAAGGAAACAUAUAAAUGCCUGGGUUGCAUUUAUGCUGUAGUUGCAAACACCGAACAGUUAAGAAGAUUUUGCCGAAUUUUGCAAAGGAGCCAACAAACCACCUUGGGAUCCUGAUAAUGCAACUGGGAAGACCCUUGCUCUCAUUUGGCAAUAUUUUGGAUAUCCUUGAAAAGACACCAAAAUGUGCCUUAACUCGACUAAGAAGAGGUUAAACAGCAUUGAUAUUCAUCCAAAGUGAUUAUUUUUUUAAGCAGAUGCUUGGCUUUCAUGGAAAAAAUGAGAGUUGUGGAAGACUCAUUUAAACUCGCAACCGAAAGCAUCACAGACCACUGGAAUAGUCUGCAUCGUACAUCAGCACUUUCUUUUCAUCGUUAUUACGUAAAACCUCUGGAAGCACCUUGGGCGUUUUACAUUUUCUAUUCUUCGCUGCAGAAGCAGUCUGCUCCCUGGAAUUCUGACCUGUGGUGAACAGGACCCUGGCAAAGGCUGUGCUGGGGACUCUAGGACGAUCUGGCCUCUAAUCCUGCCUGGUUAAUUGUGAAAAGUGUACACAUUUCUGGCUUAUCUAUGCUUUGUUAUGGGUCUGACGUGCAGCUACCUCGUCCCCACCCCACCCCCCAGCAGAGAACCCAAAUCCAGUUGAAUUGUUACAGUGUUUCGGAGCUGGAGCCUUGAACUGCUUCCUUGGUCAAAUAACUUUGUUUCUGGUUGUAAAAGGCAUUUCAGGAAAAAAAAAAAAAAAAAAAAAAAAAGGAAAAUCGAGAGAAAUUCAAAACCAGGAUGCCUUGAGACACACGCAGCAUCUGGUGGAGGAUUAACAUACAUACAUGUGUAUGUAUGCGUCACGUAUAUAUUUACUGCAAAUGGUGGGGAUCAUUUAGUGCCCGAGAUGGGAGACCUGAAGUCAGGUUUUGAAGAGGUGGAUGGCGUGAGGCUCGGCUACCUCAUCAUUAAAGGAAAGCAAAUGUUUGCCCUCUCCCAAGUCUUCACGGAUCUGCUGAAGAACAUCCCGAGGACGACCGUGCACAAGCGCAUGGAUCAUUUGAAAGUGAAAAAGCACCACUGCGAUCUGGAGGAGUUGCGGAAACUCAAGGCAAUCAACAGCAUCGCAUUCCACGCCGCCAAAUGCACUCUCAUCUCCCGGGAAGACGUGGAGGCACUCUACACCUCCUGCAAAACCGAGCGUGUCCUCAAGACCAAGCGCAGGAGGGUCGGCCGGGCCCUGGCCACAAAGGCGCCGCCGCCAGAGCGCGCCGCCGCCGCCGCCAGCCCCCGCCCGGGUUUUUGGAAGGACAAGCACCAACUUUGGCGGGGCCUGAGCGGAUCCGCGCGGCCCCUGCCAAUCAGCGCGCAGUCCCCGCGCCCGGGCGCCGCCGCCGCGCGCCCCGCCGCCCAUCUACCUCAGAUUUUUAGCAAAUACCCGGGCUCGCACUACCCGGAAAUCGUGCGCUCGCCUUGCAAACCCCCUCUAAACUAUGAAACUGCCCCGCUCCAGGGAAACUACGUUGCUUUUCACUCGGACCCUGCUUAUUUUCGGAGCCUGCUGUGCAGCAAGCACCCGGCCGCCGCCGCCGCCGCCGCCGCCGCUGCCGCCGCCGCCGCCGCCGCCGCCGCCGCCUACUACCAGGCUUCGGCGGCCGGGCCCCAGCCCAAGGCGGCGGCGGCGGCGGCGGGCGCGGGAGGCCCGGUGAGCCUGACCUACCGGUGCAAGCGCAAGCGCGGGGGCGCCAAGGACUGCCUGCUCGCGCCCCACGCCGGCGCCCGCCGCCUGCUGCUGCUGCCCAGGUCCUACAAAGCCAAGGCGGCGGCGGCGGCGGCGGCAGCGGCGGCGGCGGCGGCCGCCGGGGCCACUUGCCUGGAGGGGUUUCAUCUGGUUAACAGCUUCUGCCCGCCUCCCCACCACCACCACCACCACCAUCACCACCACCACCACCACCACCACCGGGCCCAACAGCCGCAGCAGAAUCACCACCCUCCUCAUCACCACCGGCCGCAGCCCCAUCUCGGCAGCUUUCCCGAGAGUUGUAGCAGCGACUCGGAGUCCAGCUCCUACUCGGACCAUGCAGCCAACGACUCCGAUUUUGGCUCCAGUUUGUCCAGUUCCAGCAACUCCGUGUCCUCGGAGGAAGAGGAGGAGGAGGGAGAGGAGGAGGAGGAGGAGGAAGAGGAGGAGGAGGAGGAGGAGGAGGGGGGCAGUGGGGCCUCGGAUUCCAGCGAAGUCAGCUCGGAGGAGGAGGACUCGUCCACGGAGUCGGACUCCAGCUCCGGCUCCAGCCAAGUGUCGGUGCAGAGCAUCCGUUUCAGACGCACCAGCUUCGGCAAGCCUCCCAGCGUGCAGGCGCAGGCCAACUUCUUGUACCAUCUGGCCUCCGCCGCCGCUGCAACCAAACCCGCUGCUUUCGAGGAUGCCGGCAGACUUCCCGACCUCAAGAGUAGUGUCAAAGCCGAGUCGCCGGAGGAGUGGAAUCUGCAGAGCUGGGCCCCCAAAGCGUCUCCGGUGUACUGCCCGGCCAGCCUGGGGAGUUGUUUCACAGAGAUAAGGAACGAUAGGGUAUCUGAGAUUACAUUCCCACACUCUGAAAUUUCCAGUACUGUAAAGAGAACUGACCUGACAAUUAACUGCUUGGCGGAGGGGGCCUCUUCACCUAGCCCAAAGACAAACAAUGCAUUUCCACAACAAAGAAUACUCCGAGAGGCUAGGAAAUGCCUACAAGCAACUCCUACUACGCACUGUGCUGAUAACAACACAAUAGCUGCUAGGUUCUUCGAUAAUGAUUCUUCAGGAGCAGCCGCAAAUUCAGAAAAAGACUCCAAAAUCCCUCAUUGUGCUGAAUUUGCUACGGAUUUGUCCUCUUCCCCAACCGCUUCUGAGGUGGUUGGAGCAGCACCAGCAGCAGCCACGAAAGCUGAGAAUCCGUGCACUAACGCGGGCGACAAGACCUUGCCAUUUCUGCACAAUAUUAAAAUCAAAGUAGAAGACAGUAGUGCUAAUGAAGAAUAUGAACCUGACCUUAUUACAAAUAAGCUUAAGUGCGAGUGCAAUGAUACAGAGGGUGAGUUUUACAGUGGGACUGAAAGUAAAGAGGAGGACGCCUUGUUAACCACAGCCAAGGAAGAAGGUUUUGCAUGCCCUGAGAAAGAAACGCUUUCCUUAAACCCACCGGCUCAGAGUCAGGGCCUCUCAUGCACUUUAGGUUCUCCAAAACCCGAGGAUGGGGAAUAUAAAUUUGGUGCCAGGGUGAGAAAAAAUUACCGGACACUAGUACUGGGAAAACGACCCGUACUUCAGACACCUCCAGUCAAACCAAAUUUGAAAUCAGCUAGAAGCCCUCGUCCUACAGGUAAAACCGAAACACAUGAAGGAACACUGGAUGAUUUUACAGUUAUAAACAGACGCAAAAAGGUAGCCAGCAAUGUAGCAUCAGCAGUGAAAAGGCCAUUUAAUUUCAUGGCAAAUUUUCCUUGUCCACCAUCACUCAUUAUUGGGAAGGAUGGGGAUUUGUGGCCGGCGUAUUCCUUAAACACCACUAAGGAUUCCCAACCUCCUCACAAAGCCCAUCCUAUAUGGAAAUGGCAGCUGGGCGGUUCUGCAAUACCUCUUCCACCGAGUCACAAAUUCAGGAAAUUUAAUUCAUAAAAGUGUUUUGGAAGAUAUUUUCUUGAACCAUAUUACCUUCCUUUUGUUGUAUAACUGCACAGGAUGGUUUGUACAAGUCCAUUAAUGUGUUACACCCCUUUUGGAGCCCUGGUUUAUCGCAUUUUGAAGACAGAAAUCGGAUUACUUUUUUUCCAUUGCGGGUUUUUUUUUUUUUUUUUUUUUUUUUUUCCUGGAGGAGGGUGGGGGCGGGGUGGGAGAAGGGUUGGUUUACAUUCCACAGACUACUUCAGGCUAAAGACUCAAGUAAAACUCAGUUAUUAAGGUAGAGCUGGAACACUUUACUGUUUCAAUGCUAAUAAUGCACCCGGUACCUCAAUUCAACUGCUACAAAUAAAUGUCAAAAGGUUGAAUAAUAAAUAUUACAAUGAGCCAUUAAGUUUAUGCACUAGAUUUCAGACCUGAAAGUGUAACUGUUAAUUCAGUGAAAGUUUGUUAGGUUACGUGGUUACACAGUGAGGUAGAAAGAAGUUUCUGUGAGCCCAAAAUGUUCUUUUCUGGAGCUCUUUUUUGUGGGGUGUCUUUUUCUUUUGCUCCCCUCAUUCCUUCUCCAAGAGUAGUUGCACUUAAUUUUCUUCCUUCCUUUCUUUCUUUCUUUCUUUCUUUCUUUCUUUCUUUCUUUCUUUCCCUCUAUCUCUUUCUUUCUUUUUUUGAGUGGAAAGGUUGGGGAGUCCUGCUUGAAUGCUGGUAAAAGCUGCCUCAUAUAUACUGAGUAAAAGGAAUAUGAGAUUGCUUUUUUUUUUUUUCUUGUAAAGGAUGGGAUUUUAUUCCUUGCAAUUGGAAAAAGUCCUUUUUGUGUUCUCACCCAAAGGUUAUAAAUAAGGUGACUCUUAUUCACUAUUGUCCUGCUUACCUUGUGGUCUGACUCCUCAAGUUUGACUCCUCAAACUUGCAAAACAAUUAAAUAGUUCCCUUAAUAGCAGGAUAUUUUAUGGUCUGACUCUUCAUAAUGACAGAGCAGUAAAUACAACCGAGAAAAGUACAAUGGGUCAGAGUUCUAAGCAUAUCCCCAAUGAAAAAUAACAGUUAUUUUAGGGCUCUUUGGUAUCAGAACUCAGGCACUUGGGUUUUAUUACCUUUUACUUUUUCCGCAUCUCUCGAAACUUCUGUUUUCAGACCAUCCUGUGAUAAAGCAGGAGAGUUUCUACUGCAAGUGACAAUCAGAGGUGACUAUCUAUAUUUGCACUUAAAAUCAAAGUAGUUCAACAUGCAAAUGGCUAGGGUCUAGCCCUUGGUAAGGGCCAUGCUGGUGUGCUAUCUUGUGAUGAUGGAAGCAGCAAAUCAAAAUUAUGGAAAUUUGCACUGUUGAAAAGCAUGCUUUAGCUUUAUUUUCAAUUAAAAACACUGUUUAAAAUUC